AUGUCAUCUUCAAAUCCCAACCCUAGAAGAGUCCCAAUUCUUCACAGUUUCCCCAAUGCCCCUGUGAGACAUAGAAGGGGUAGAGGGGGUAGACUUCGUGGCCUUGGAUCCAUUCGUGGUGGUACCUCUGGUUCCAUCACUCCUUCUUCUAGCUCUGGUAUUACUUCUAGAGGUUCUUUCAUUAAUAGAUCUUCCUCUAAAGGCAAAGAAUCUUCUGAGUCGAUGCAAGAACCUUUGGUCGAAGAAAUAGUGCCAACUGAUUUAUCUUUCGAGCAUGAUAAAGAAUCCCUUCGAUUUGCUAUUCGAGGAAUGUCAGCUGAAGUAGCUAUUGCCCUUCGAGCUUCUUUUGUUAGACCUAGAGUCAGGAGACGUAUCAUUUCUGAAGAUGAAGCUGAAAUUUCUCCUACCCGUGCCUCCUCUCCGGUUAAUAUUGUUUCCGAUGAUGAAACCAUCCCCAGGGACACCAUUGAAUCCACUCAACGUCUCUUCACUGAGGGUUUCGAAAGUGGUGAUCUAGGUCCGGUUUUAGAUGAGGUUCCUCUUUCCUCUUCCAUUCCUAUUCCUUCUAUUCCUUCUUUAGUUUCAAGUACAUCUUUGCCCAUUUUAUCUGUUCCUGCUUCUUUGUCAAUUUCUGCUCCUUUACCUGCUUCGACUCCCUCGACUCCUGUUAUUUUCACCUCUUCUACCGUUCCUCCUUCUAUAGCUCCCCCUUCCUCUGUUCAGCAUGCAGAGGAGGGUUCUAGUAGCAGAAGUUUAGCUAUGAGGAGUGUAACACUUGAGGCCAACCUUAUUGGUACGGAGUUGAUGGGAAGAAUUUCCCUUUUAGAAAAGAAGGCUCGUGAAUCUGAUAAGACUAUUCUCGAGGCUGAGAGGGUAGCUAAGGAAGCCCAGCUGGAGCAAAAGCGGACUCUGACUUCGGAUUUAGCGAAGGCCAAGGCUUCUUCUAGUAAAGCCGAGAAGGACAAGGAGCGCCUCGAGUGUUCCUUUUCAGAGCAAUUAUCAAAGUCAAGUGAAGAAAUCAGAGAACUUAAAGCACUCUUGAACAAGAAAGAAGAAUAUGCAGGAGAGUUAGUACAAAACUUGACUCAAGCUCAAGCUGAUUUGAAGAUCUCCUCUGAUAAGGUUCAUGCAUUGGAGAAUGAAGCUCCCGUGACUGAAGAACCUUUAAAUGAAGAAGCUGCUGCUGUGACAAUUGAAGUUGAAAAUGUUGCUAUUCCAGCUCCCGAGGGUGAAACUUCUAUGAAUCGGUUUGAGGAAGCUGACGCUUCCGUGGCUCUUGCUCCCCUCGAAGAAUCUACCAUUUCAAUCCCAGCUGAAACCGCUUCUGUUGCUGUUUCUUCAGAAGUUACCGUUCCUGAAAGUGAAGCUGAUAUCACAACUUCUGAUGCUCCAGCCCCUCAGUGA